CUUCUCUUCUUGUUGGUUUUCAUUUGAGACGAGCAAAUAUGAAGCAAAAGAUCACUAUCAAGGUGGAUAUGCACUGUGACGAUUGCCGGCACAAGGCCAUGAGGAUCGCUGCAGCAGCAUGUGGAGUGACCUCGGUGGCGCUUGAUGACUCCAAGGAUAAAAUGGUGGUAGUCGGAGAGGACGUGGAUACCACCUGCUUGACGAACAUCUUGAGGAAGAAAGUUGGUUAUGCAAUCUUGGAGAAAAUUGAAGAGGAUAAAAAGAAAGAAGACGAAAAGAAAGACGAAGAGGAAUGCAUUGUUGUCGGAUGUCCACCGGGAUGUUACUGCAUUAUUUGUAUUAAGAAAAAGGCAGAGGAAAAGAAGAAAGAAAGCGAAGACGGGAAGAAUGGGAAAGAUGACAAAAAAACACCAAUACAUGUUCGUUAUAUCUAUCCACCGGGAUGUCCACCAGGAUUUCCAACGGAAUACCCACCGCCGGGAUGUCCACCGGGAUGUCGUUGUAUUAUUUGUGUAAGUAAAAUCCAAUGCCCACAACCACAACCACUAACCCCGCAAGUAAUUUGCCCUUAUAAUAGAUGUCCACGAGGAUAUUGUAAUUGUUAUGUCCAAGUGGCGGUUAACGACAGCCCAAGUCCCUGCUCCGUCAUGUAAGAUCAGCACCUGGUGUUUCUCUGUUCAAUUUUAUAACUGUGAUGGUGGUGGUGUUUGUGCUUGUAUUUCUUUGGGAGAAUUACUGUUCAAUUCAAGGUCAGAAUUCAUAGGUCUAAAGUACAGUUGGAAUAGGUGCCAGUUACAAAUUGAUGUUAAUUCAUGUCUGGAUAUGGGUACAUAGGGUAUGGGUUUUUGAGUUUUUGAAUAUUUAUAGA